CACGAAGAUAGUGUGACGUGUCUCUAAUGUCACUUAGUUGUCAUCGUCAGCUAACAGAAAGUAAUUCAAUUCCAAAAUUAUAAAUUUUCGCUUCCAUUGCGGUGGAAUUUUUAUCCACCACGAAAAAAUAAACAUUUCCUCAAAAUGUAUUCUGUUUUAACAAGAGUAAAUGCUAUAUUAACAUACACUCUCAGUGUUUUAGCAUGUUUAACAUUCCUGUGUUUUCUUUCUACAUUAACAGUGGAUUAUAGAACUACAGCUCAGAUGAAUACGGUUAAAGUGGUCGUAAAGAAUGUUCCAGACUAUGGUGCCUCUAGGGAAAGAAAUGAUCUUGGCUAUUUAACAUUUGAUCUCAAGACAGAUUUGUCCAACCUCUUCAACUGGAAUGUAAAACAAUUGUUCCUGUAUCUCACUGCAGAGUAUGUCACACCAAACAAUGAGUUGAACCAGGUUGUUUUAUGGGAUAAAAUAAUAUUGAGAGGGGAGAAUGCUGUCCUAGAUUUUAAAAAUAUGAACACAAAAUAUUAUUUCUGGGAUGACGGAAAUGGUUUAAAAGGUCACAACAAUGUUACACUGACACUGUCUUGGAAUAUAAUCCCCAAUGCAGGCUUGCUGCCUAAUAUUCAAGCCCUUGGUCAACAUUCUUUUAAGUUUCCUGUUGAAUAUACUCAGACAAGAGUAUGAUUUACAGAAGAUAUAAAAAUGUGUAGGUGAACUUGUGAAAUGUGUGUUAUUUGAUAAGACAGAAUAUACAAUUUAUUUAAA